GUCUGGUACAAUAACGAUAUGUCUGCAGGAAGUGAAUACCAUUUAUGCCUGUCUCCAGAAGAUGAUGCCUGCAGUGAUUCUAAUCCUGUAGACUAUUCAAUUGAUGACCACCAGCACUAUUUCAAUGUUAAAGUAUCAGAAUAUGGAAAAGCCGGAUGUACGCCAGAAAUUCCUUAG